AUGUCAGUUCUACCGGACGAAGUGAAUAGCACUUUGGUGAAGUUGCUCCAGGGUUUUGCGUCUCCUGACAAUGGGAUACGUUCAGCUGCUGAAGAGGCGCUUAAUACUAACUGGAUUACGCCAGAACAUAUGGAAGUUUUGUUGAUGUUUUUGGCAGAACAAGCCGCGUACUCGGAUGAUUUGACGACAGCAGGUCUUUCUGCGGUUUUGUUCCGUAAGCUUGCUUUGAGGGCGCCACCUUCAUCCAAGACGAUUAUUAUUGCGAAGAAUGUUACGCAUAUCUCUAACGAAGCUUUGACGCAGAUUAGAAACACGCUUUUGAAGGGUUUUAUCUCAGAAAGACCUAACAAUAUCAGACACAAAUUGUCUGAUGCAAUUGCGGAAUGUGCUUUGGAAGAAUUGCCAGACUGGCCUGAGUUGCUUCAAACGUUAUUCGAAGCUAUCAAGAACCCAGACCCUAACUUCAGGGAGUCCAGUUUCAGAAUAUUUUCCAGCAUGCCUCAUCUCAUCAAUAACAUUGACAUUAAUAAUGCUUUGCCUAUUUUCGAGGGUGGAUUCACGGAUCCAAGCGACGAAGUCAAGAUUGCCGCUGUUACUGCAUUUGUAGGGUACUUCAAGCAGUUGCCAAAGAAUAACUGGGCCAAGUUGGGUGUUCUUUUGCCCAGUUUGUUGAACAGUUUGCCCAAGUUUUUGGACGAUGGCAAGGACGAAGCAUUGGCUGCUGUCUUUGAAUCAUUGAUCGAAUUGGUGGAACUAGCACCAAAGCUUUUCAAGGACAUGUUUGAUCAAAUCAUCCAAUUCGCUGAUAUGGUCGUUAAGAACAAGGACUUAGAAGCCAGUGCAAGAACCACUGCUUUGGAGUUGUUGACUGUCUUCAGUGAAUGUGCACCCCAGAUGUGUAAGAACAACGCAAACUACGCGCAAUCUGUUGUGCUUGAUACCCUUGUAAUGAUGACAGAAGUCUCUAUCGAUGACGAGCAAGCUCUUGAAUGGCAAAAUUCAAAUGAUAUUGAAGAGGAUAACGAGGAAAACACUUACGAUAUGGCUCGUCAAGCUUUGGACCGUGUUGCAUUGAAGCUUAACGGUAAAUAUUUGGCAGCCCCUCUUUUCCAAUUCCUUCAACAAAUGAUCACCUCUUCUGAGUGGAGAGAAAGAUUUGCUGCCUUGAUGGCUUUGUCUUCUGCCGCUGAAGGUUGUCGCGAUGUUUUGAUGACCGAAAUCGAUAGAAUCUUAGACAUGGUUCUACCAUUGAUUGACGAUCCUCAUCCAAGAGUGCAAUAUGGUUGCUGUAACGUGUUAGGCCAAAUCUCCACAGAUUUUGCUCCACUUAUCCAAAGCACUUCUCAUGAAAGGAUUUUACCAGCUUUGAUCUCGAAAUUGACUUCAGCUUCGGUUGACAGAGUCCAAACACACGCUGCUGCCGCUUUGGUCAACUUCUCUGAACAAGCAACUCAAUCCAUCAUGGAACCAUAUCUCGACAGUCUUCUAACCAAUUUAUUGAGUAUGUUGCAAAGUUCGAAACUAUACGUUCAAGAACAAGCAUUGACUACGAUUGCAUUCAUCGCUGAAGCAGCUGAAAAGAAAUUCAUCAAAUAUUACGAUACUUUAAUGCCUCUCUUGAUCAACGUUUUGAGAACAGAUACCGGUUCAGAGAGCAGGGUUUUGAAGGGUAAAUGUAUGGAAUGUUCUACACUUAUCGCUUUGGCUGUUGGUAAAGAAAAAUUUGCAUCUUACUCCCAAGAGUUGAUUCAACUAUUCAUUCAAUAUCAAAACGAAGGUAUUGCAGAUGAUGAUCCAAUCAAAUCAUAUCUUGAGCAGAGUUGGAGCAGAGUCUGUAGAAUCUUACGUGAAGACUUUGUUCCUUUGUUAAGCAUUGUCAUUCCUCCACUUUUAGAAACUGCGAAGGCUACCCAAGAUGUCAGUUUAAUCGAGGAAGAAGAAGCUGCCAAUUACCAACAGUACACUGACUGGGAUGUGGUCCAGAUUCAAGGUAAACACAUUGCUAUCCAUACAUCAGUCUUGGAUGAUAAGGUCACAGCAAUGGAAUUAUUACAAGUUUAUGCCACUAUUUUGAAAAGUUUCUUCGCCUCUUACGUUAAAGAAAUUUUGACCGAGGUUGCCGUUCCAUCCAUUGACUUUUAUCUACACGAUGGUGUCAGAGCUCGUGGUGCUACACUAAUUCCAGCUUUGUUCACCUCAUUGAUAUCUGCUGUUGGGCAAGAAAACGAAAUGGUUUUGCAAUUAUGGCAAAUAGCUUCAAACAAAUUGAUCUCAGGUAUAAUAUCUGAACCAAUGCCAGAAGUUACCAAAACAUACCAUUAUGCCCUUGUCGAUUGUUUAGGUAUUGUUGGUGACAAGGGUUUGAGUCCUGACCAGCUAACUCAAUUCACUCAAGGUGUGAAUAACAACUUAACUGACAUUUACGAAAGAACAAAGUCGCGUUACGAUCAAGACGAUGAAUAUAACGAAGACGUUGAUGAUGACCUCGAUGAAUACACUGACGAAGAUCUCUUGGAUGAAAUCAACAAAUCGUUGGCUGCUAUUUUCAAAUCUGCAGGCGUUGCAUACUUGCCACACUUCCAAACAUUGUGGCCAAUAAUACACUCAUAUUUGCAAGAAACUGAAGUUUUCAUCUUAUUAUUUGCCUUAAUUGCUAUUGCUGAUAUGAUAGAAUACACUGGUGAUAACUCAGCUCCAUUUAAAGAGCAUUUCGUGCAAAAGAUGAAGGAAUGUCUAACCUUCCCAGAACCAUCCAUUCGUCAAGGAACUGCGUACUUACUCGGUAUUUGUGCCCAGUUUGCCCCAAACACCUACUCUGAUGUCUGUUUAGGAUCUCUAGAGACCUUAUUCCAAAUUGUUAACAUGCCGGAAGCAAGGUCCGAGGAUAACGUAAACUCCACAGAAAAUGCAUCUUGCGCCAUCGCCAAAAUCUUGAGUAGCUACGGUCCAAACAUCCCUAACUUUGAGCAGUACACUGCUAACUGGCUAAAGACCUUCCCUAUUAUCCACGAUGAAGAAUGUGCUUCAUUUAACUACAGAAUGUUGGCACAAUUGAUAGAACACAACUCGCCUGUGGUUCAAGGAAACGUCCCCGAAAUAGUUGAUCACGUGAUACAAGCUUUGCACCAGAAAUCUAUUGCUGGUGAAAAUGCUGCAACCAUCGUGCAAUCAACCAAGAAGCUGUUAGGAACACUGCCACAAGACCAGGCUACCACCCUUCUUCAAAGAUAUCCUCCUGAGAUAAUGCAAACCAUCCAGAAGUGGUUUGCAUGA